CAUCAUCAUCAUUUUCAGUCGUGACGUGAGCCGGCGCUGCAGUGGUACACGUAGCACUGCGAAAUGAAGGACCAGCUGGGACACGACGGUGGCCGUACAGCGCCGAUGGAGCAGGACGGCAGAAAAACUGCCCCUUUCAGCAACCUCAGAUGGCAGGUGCUUCUGGCAGUCGCCGCGAGCCUGCUGCCUCCGGGGUUUCUAUACUUCUACAAGGGCCAAGAGUGCGGAUCCAUGCUUCCAGAAGACAUCGUCGACAACUACGAGAUGCUGCCUUGGCGGCAAACCUACGCCAGCUGGGUACCAUGGCCGCAGCGCAAGGACUACGACGGCGUGAAGGGCGAUGUACCACGAAUCCUUGUGUGGUUCAAGUCCCCCGUUGUUGAGUGGGUAAACAACUUCGAGGAGCGAUACGAAGGCUGCACGCGGCCAUGCUACGUCACCUACAACCGGCAGCAACUUCACCGUAGCGACGCGGUCGUCAUGUACAUACAGAAAAUUGGUGGUUCGCCCUUUCCGCCCGGACGGCGCGCAUUCCAGAAGUGGGUUUUCUGGACAAUGGAGAGUCCUAAGGACAGCAUUCAAGAUAGACUUAAGGAAGUUAACACGGCUUUCAACUGGACCAUGACGUACCGGCGGGACUCGGACAUCACGAACGCCUUCGGCAGAGUGGUCCGCAGGAGCGAGUCGCUCCCCUCUUCUCUACACGUCGGGAAGCUCGAGAAGCGCUGGAGGAGCAAGAGCCGCAUGGUGGCCUGGUUCCCGACGUCGUGUGACGGGGCCGCUGCCAAGUACGUGGAAGAGUUGAAGAAGCACGUUUUCGUCGACGUGUACGGAGAGUGUGGCAACAUGAGCUGCCGCACGACGUCCUACGGAGACGACGAAGAGUGCUACGAGAUGCUGGCGAACAAGUACUUCUUCGUGCUUGCCUUCGAGAGGGAUUUGUGUGUGGACUACGUGACGAUGCCUCUUUACCGGUUCCUCCGCUACGAAGUGGUUCCAGUAGUGAAGGGCGCUGCAAACUACAGCAUGGUUGCACCACCGGGGUCCGUCGUUAACGUGGACGAGUAUGCGGAGCCUUACAACGUGGCCGCAUUUAUGAUGAAGGCGGCUAGUGAUUUCGAAGUUUACAGCCAGUAUCUUAGCUGGAAAAGGGACUACGAGGUGGUUAUGCACAACUACGACGACUUCUGCGGACUCUGCAAUAAGCUGUACGGUGAAGAAUUUGUCCAAGAAUCAGUGUACAAGAACAUCAGUGACUGGUGGAACAAUGGCACCAAGUGCACCGACUGACAAUCAUUGCGUUCGGUCCUAUUGUACUGUUCAACAAUAGCUUGUUGUCUCACUUUUGUUGUAAAAAUAUUUUUCUUGUA